AUGGUUGACUGUGUCCAAUGCCCAGAAAAUCAGUUUCCAAGCAAGCAUCAAGAUCAGUGUAUUGACAAAGUCAUAACUUUCCUAUCUUUUGAAGAACCUUUAGGAAUCUCUUCAGCAGUUCUAGCUGUGUUUUUGUCCUUGACUUCAAUUUUAAUGCUAGGAAUAUUCAUUAAGCACAAAGACACCCCCUUAGUCAAAGCCAACAACCGGGAUAUCACCUAUAUACUCCUUGUCUCUCUCCUGCUCUGCUUCCUCUGCUCUUUGCUGUUUCUGGGAGAACCAAGCAAGGUGACCUGCCUCUUCCGACAAGCUGCCUUCAUCAUCAUCUUCACAGUAGCCAUUUCAUCUGUUUUGGCCAAAACCAUCACUGUGGUUGGAGCUUUCAUGGUUGCCAAACCGGGGUCCAGCAUGAGAAAAUGGUUAGGAAAAACACUGACCAACUGCAUACUCCUUUCUUCUUCUUUGAUUCAAGCAGCCAUUUGCGUGGUGUGGCUAGGAACCUCACCUCCUUUCCCAGAAUUUGACAGGCAGACAAUGACUAGAGAGAUUGUGGCACAAUGUAACGAAGGCUCUGUUGUCAUGUUUUACAUUGCCCUGGGCUACUUGGGACUUCUAUCUGUCAUCAGCUUGAUCGUGGCUUUCCUAGCCAGGAAGCUGCCAGAUAGUUUCAAUGAAGCCAAGUUCAUCACCUUCAGUAUGCUCAUCUUUUGCAGUGUUUGGUUGUCUUUUUUCCCAGCCUACCUGAGCACUAAAGGAAAUUACAUGAUUGCGAUGGAGAUCUUCUCUAUCUUGGCCUCCAGUGCUGGAUUAUUGGCAUGUAUCUUUUCCCCCAAGUGCUACAUUAUUCUGCUAAAGCCUGAGUUGAACAAGAAGGAGCUGCUAAUUAGUAGAAGGAAUUAA